AACUUAAUGAAUGAAGGUCGGUCCAAGUAUUUAAUGCCCCUUCCUUCCCAACAACUACCCAAACCCUCCCAUUUAAUUCCCUUCCCCUCCCCAUACCAACGAACUAAUUAGCAGUAGUGGUCUCCAUCAGAUCGCCAUCCAUCCAUCCGCCUUCCCUUCCCUCUUAUCUCCCCAACUGAUCAUUUUCAUACUGCUCAGGGAAAGAAGAAGAAACAGAGCAAAGCCACAGUUUUGGAAGCUGAAAGCAAACAUAACAUUCCUACUUGGCGUCACCCGGUCUCCAUCGUCAAACCCAAAAAGAGGCUUAGCCAAAGGCACCAUCCAUAUGAAACAUUGAGGAGAGGAAGACACGCUUACUUCAUUCAAACCUAAUUUAGUUACUGGUUCCUCAUAUGAACCGCCUUCUCCCCCACCCAACCACUCAUUAACACGCCAAUCCCAUUUCUCUCAUCUUCUCUUCUUUUCUGGUAUAUAAGUAGUCGCAAUUCCUCCCUGAGAUAUGAGGAACUCAUCCUCUGAUCCCUCUGCAACGGCGGCGGCGGCGACGGUGAUGAUGGAGAUAGAGGCGAGCAAACCGGCGGGGAACGGGAUGGUGGUCGGCGGGCUCAGCCCCCUGAGCGAGACGCUGUGGCGGGAACGGACCAACACGGAGUUCGUCGGCGACGUCUCCGCCAGGCUGACGUGGAAGGAUCUGACGGUGAUGGUCACCCUUGGCAACGGCGAGACUCAGAAUGUCCUCGAAGGACUCACCGGCUAUGCGGAGCCUGGCAGCCUCACCGCGCUGAUGGGUCCCUCUGGCUCCGGCAAAUCCACUCUGCUCGAUGCUCUCUCUAGCCGUCUGGCGGCGAACGCUUUUCUCUCCGGCUCCAUCCUUCUCAACGGCCGCAAAACCAAGCUCUCUUUCGGAACCGCCCAGGCGUAUGUGACGCAAGACGACAACCUGAUUGGGACGCUGACGGUGAGGGAGACGAUAUCUUACUCGGCCAGGCUGCGCCUGCCGGACAAGAUGCCUUGGUCGGAGAAAAGGGCGCUGAUUGAGAGCACCAUAGUGGAGAUGGGCUUGCAGGACUGUGCUGAUACGGUGAUUGGGAACUGGCAUCUCCGGGGGAUCAGCGGCGGCGAGAAGCGUCGAGUCAGCAUUGCCCUCGAAAUCCUGAUGCGACCCAGAUUGCUCUUCCUCGACGAACCCACCAGCGGGCUGGACAGUGCUUCGGCGUUCUUUGUGACGCAGACGCUGCGUGGACUGUCGAGGGACGGGAGAACUGUGAUUGCAUCCAUCCACCAGCCGAGCAGUGAAGUUUUUGAGCUCUUUGAUCGACUUUACCUCCUCUCUGGUGGCAAGACUGUGUAUUUCGGCCAGGCUUCAGAUGCCUACGAGUUCUUUGCGCAAGCCGGAUUCCCCUGCCCUGCUUUGAGAAACCCAUCUGAUCAUUUCCUCCGAUGCGUCAAUGCCGACUUCGACAAAGUGAAGGCCACUCUCAAAGGAUCCAUGAAACUGCGGUUUGAUGCAUCGGAGGAUCCUCUGGAUAAGAUCACCACAGCUGAAGCGAUCCGUACUUUGGUUGAUUACUACCGAACUUCUCAGUAUUGUUAUGCUGCAAGGCAGAAGGUGGAUGAGAUCUCCAAAGUCAAAGGGACGGUGCUUGAUGCAGGAGGGAGCCAGGCUAGUUUCCCGAUGCAGGCUUUCACUCUGACCAAGCGCUCCUUCGUCAACAUGUCUAGGGACUUCGGUUACUACUGGCUCAGGCUCGUCAUCUACAUCGUGGUCACCAUUUGCAUCGGAACCAUAUACUUCAAUGUCGGCACUAGUUACAACUCAAUCCUGGCCAGAGGCUCCUGUGCUUCAUUCGUGUUCGGUUUCGUCACGUUCAUGUCCAUUGGAGGCUUCCCAUCUUUCGUGGAAGACAUGAAGGUUUUCCAAAGAGAGAGGCUGAAUGGCCACUACGGAGUGACCGCAUUCGUGAUCAGCAACACACUCUCGGCGAUGCCGUUCCUCAUCACCAUCACCUUCCUCUCCGGAACAAUCUGCUACUUCAUGGUCAGGCUCCACCCGGGUUUCACCCAUUACCUCUUCUUCGUGCUCUGCCUGUACGCAAGUGUCACGGUUGUUGAGAGCUUGAUGAUGGCCAUUGCCAGUAUUGUCCCCAACUUCCUCAUGGGUAUCAUCAUUGGAGCUGGAAUUCAGGGCAUCUUCAUGUUGGUCUCGGGCUACUUCAGGCUGCCAAACGACAUUCCGAAGCCCGUCUGGCGUUACCCCAUGUCAUACAUCAGCUUCCACUUCUGGGCUCUUCAGGGGCAAUACCAGAAUGACCUGAACGGGCUGCUGUUCAACAACCAAAGCCCGGAUCUCCCCAAGAUCCCAGGGGAGUACAUCCUGGAGAACAUCUUCCAGAUCAACAUCCGCAGGUCCAAGUGGAUUGACCUCAGCGUGAUUUUCAGCAUGAUAGUGAUCUACCGCAUCAUCUUCUUCGUCAUGAUCAAGAUCAGCGAGGAUGUGACUCCCUGGAUCAGAGGGUACAUGGCCAGGAGAAGAAUGCAGAUUAAGAAUGGAACCCAGAACACCACGAUCGCGCCCGACGGUCUUACCCAAUCGCCUUCUCUCAGGAACUUCGUCGCCAGUCGAGCCACUGGUAAUGGCAAGAGAUGAUUGAAGAUCAGAAGAGAAGAGAAUGCUGGUGGCGGCAAUCCAUCGCCAGAGACCGAGGAACUCGUUUCCCAAAUGGGUGUAGUUAAGUGAUGAUAUGUGAAGGGUUGUAAAACUUGACAGAUAGAGAUUUUAUUUUCCACGUUGCAACUAAAACAGCUUCUGUUUAAUAUUUUGUUCAAUAUGGUUGCUGCCAUUAGAGUUCCCCUGACAGAGUUAACCUUCGUUAUCAUGGUAAUUAUUCUAUUUCCAGCUCAUUGCUUGCUGUAAUUACUGUACUCGCUCUUCUCUUGUCGAGGGUUCUCUCGAAAGUUCAAAUGGAUGGAAAUAAGAUGUACUUCAUUUCUAGAAAUGGGAUAGAUUCUUAGAUUGGUUUGGAAGUUGCACAUGGUGGAUAUAUUUAUAAUAUUAUACUAGUUUAUUGGUCUGCGCUUAGUUGCGGGAAUUUGUGACGAUUUUGAUAGUGAUGUAUUUGAUUUAAUUUUUGUCAAACUUUUUUUUUCUCCAUAAAUAGCUUAUAUGCAAGUAACUGGAUGUUGGAUUUCGCUAUAUUCUCGAC